AUGGAAUUCCACUUCUGCACUUCACCAUCACUGUUGGUGACCCCGUCAUUCCGCACCACAAUUGCCUGAUCACCUCUCGGGAUCGUCCAACCGGUCCAUAAGAGCCUAUACUACGAUCUAAUUGACUUAGUUGAUCCCUCUAGAUCUCAUCCAUGCAGUCGGAAUCUCCCACGCACAGCUACGCCACCUCGGAACCCCCUCGGAAAAAGCGAGCCAAAUACACUCAGGUCGCUUGUAAUGAAUGCAAAAGGCGUAAGUUGAAAUGCAGCGGUGAGCCAACGUGUUCACGGUGCGCCCGUGAUGGCGUACCAUGCGUUUAUACGCCUAGCGCAUAUGCGCCGAGUAACCCUACGACUUCGGUGGAGGAACCAAGUGAUGAAGGGGUAUCUGCGAGGUUCCAAUCAGUUGAUCGCCAGAUCGAGUCACUUCAGCAUGAGAUGCGCGCGAUGGCUGCUCGUUUGCGCGAGCUCGAAUCGUCUUCGCCGGCUAACAGUAGCGCAAAUAAGCCGCCUCCGAGACCGGCUUCCAUCGUAUCUUCUCAAGCCACGAAUACUGGUCUACAGCGUAUGAUGAAUCGGCCAAUGUCUCCAUAUCACGUUGGACCCACGAGUGCGGAGUUCGGUCUGACCGCGCGCCGGAAGCCGUUGGAGGACGACGAUGAAUUUGAGUCCACUGCUGCACCGAGUCCCGUCGCAGCGCCUGAUGCCGAUAUUGUGACCGAUGAUCCAUUAGGGAACCUCGGGCUGACAGAGGCUCUGAGGCUGGUGACGGUCUAUGAAAACACAGUGGGCUUGAUGUACCCUUGUGUUGAUUUGGACAGUGUGCGCGCAUGUAUUGUUGACUUCUUUCGAGAUGAUUCUCGUCAGAUUCUGAGCUCGGAGCAACAGGACUGGUUCUUUGCGCGCGAUGUGGAGGUGCUGAAAAUUAUCUUGGCCAUAGCUUUGCUGACGGAAUCGCAUGGGCGGAGUGAGCGAGCUGCUGUGUUGGCAGAAAGUGUUGAGGAUCGUUUUGCGACUCGCGUUAAUAUCCCCGAGGUUGACAUGAAAGAGCUUCUUAUACUGACACUGCUGUCAAUAUUCCAUUCGUACCGGGAUGAUGAAGUUAUUUCGUGGCGUUGUAUUGGGAUGGCUUGUCGAGGCUCAAUGCAACUAGGCCUACAUUGCCAAGAGACCUGGUAUAGAACGGGAGGUGUGUUCCCCGGCGAGCUGCAAUGGAUGUGGGCUAGUCGUCUCUUUUGGUGUAUCUACGUGUUGGAUCGAAAAUGGUCCUUUGGCACUGGCCUUCCUUUCGCUAUUCAGGACACGGAUAUGGACACCAACCUUCCCGUGCCAGGAACCGCCACUCCUUAUCUCACUUGUAUGAUCUCGUACGCACAACUCAGCGGCAAGAUAUGGGGGCUCGUAGUCGGCUGGGGCAGUCGAUCGCGUGCAGCGACGUCGGACUACUGCUCGUACCUUGACUUCCAAGUCCAGCAAUGGAUCCAGUCAAUUCCGCAGGAACUACGGUUCGACCCUUCACGACCCUCAUCCCCCGACUCGGUUCAGAAUGAUAACAUGAUGAUGCUACAAGUGCUCCUUGCACUGCAGGCUAACCAACUUCGCAUUCUCGUGUACCGCCAAAACCUGCUCAGUAGCGAGAGCAUUGAGACGAAUGUCUCUGGCGCAUCCGUCGCCGUCGAGACUGCGAAAAGUACGAUCCACAUGCUAGACUACUUCACUCGCGUUUCGGAUAUCUAUUUUCAGCGUCCGGAGCCGUUCAAUUACUUCCUAAUUUCGGCACUGGCCGCACUGUUUCUCGCCGUGUUUCAUGCACCGAGUCGAUUCAGCAACGUCUGCCGUGCGGAAUUCUAUGCUGCCGUAGACAUGGUGAGGAAGUCAUCCACUCGGGCCAGAACAUCCAGACGACUACAGAAAAUCAUUCGCAGUUUGAAAUUGAUUAAGCUGAAUGUCGGGAAAUCGCCUUAUAAACACGGACAACCGCCGGAAAACCUUGGCAAGGUACUAUCUCGUUUCAGCCACGGACAGCAUGACUCGAACCAGUCCAGUCUGCCGCAGUCUCCGUUGGUCCCGUCGCACCAGCACCAGCCAUCCGGCAUUCCGACUCCACAGCCUUCCGCCUCCCUUUGGUCCGUGUCUUCCCCACUGGCUACGGCGCCAGUGAAUUAUGGCAACAACGAUGAUAGCUGUGACGAUUUGACUAGUUUCUUUGAAAUGGCUGGAGGACUUUACUUCGACCCCAAGACGGGUCCCCCCGAGGAGACACCUGCAGCCGACGGCGCUAGUGCAGGGGUUGAAGGGAUUGAUGCGUUUCACGCCGAAAACGAGGCGCUGACCCGGGUAAUGGCUGGCCUGUUAUAAAUGAAGGUGGCGGUCUAAGGAUUGGUUUACCGGAUGGUGCUUAGUAUGGUCUGUUUGACCAGGAGCAUGCGCAACUCAGUCUCUCCGUCCUAGACCGGUCUAAGUACCCCUGCCAUUGGUGGAACUAGUCUAAUGCACGGGAGCCAAAUAUUCUGAAGCUAAUGCAUCUCAAUCCCGAGGUUUCUGCCUGAAGAAUCCACUCGGCUAAUUGGCCAAGCCAAGACGAUCAGCACUCCCCGUGACAAGUGUGUUCGAUUACUAUAAUGGGCAAAACUCCUGGACGAGUGUCGCUAUGAGCCAAUCAUGGCAGAAGCUAUACCUUGACCUGCAGAAUACCCCAAUGAUGUAAUUUCUCCGUUUCUGGGGGAGGAGUACGUACUGGUGAUUGGCUAACUAGCCAUCGAACCGUGUUCCUCGGACAUUCCUUGGCUUAAUG